AUGAGUGAAAAACUCCUCAGUCCCACCUCAAAAAAUAGGGUCAGACCUAAUCUUUUAAAAUCCCCAUCUACCCAGUAUCAAUCAAGCAUUUCUAAGUCUAGCUUACAAACAAUAAGAUCACCAACUGCUAAAAUCUUAUAAACAUCGCAAAGUUAGUCUAUUGUUUAGUCCAAUAGCAUAAAUCAGGACUAAUCAGACCUAGUAAAAACCUAAUUAAGAGAUCUCUACUUGCAAAUAUAAACAUUAAAUGAGAAAAAAUAGAAAUACCUUAACUAACACAAAGAAAAAUACUUGAAAUAGUAGUAGACCGAAAAGCUUAUCACUGAUGAGCUUAAUUAAAUUCAAGAGAAGUUUAAAGAUCUUGAUAUUAGGUAUUAAGCUUAAUUUACUAAAUUAUCCAAAGAUAAAAACAGGCUUCAAGAUGAUAUUGGACAACUUGAGAAAGAGAACUUCGACUUAAAAGAACUUAAUCAUGAAUUUACAGAUAAAACUUAGCAGAUUGAUUAGCUCAUUAGAGGCUUAAUUUGCACCAGAGACUAGAAUGGGAAUUUCAAGCAUAAAAUUAGGUAGAUUGAGGAAAACACUCAGAAAAUCUAGCAAAUUGAUUCACACUUGCAAGAGUUGGAGUUAAUUAAAAAGCUUCAAGUUGAGUAAGACAUGAUGAUUCAUGAAGAUAUCAGGGGAAAUGCACUUAGAAUCACUAGAAUCAAUGAGGAGAUAUAAUGGAAGAAGGAAAAGGUUUAAAAACUUGAGAAGAUUAACACCAAGAAACCAGUAGUUCUGGUGGAAAUCUAAACUGAAAAACAGCUGAUAGAUGAGUUAUACAAGCAAAUAGAGUUUUAUGAGACGAAUCACAUUUUCAAUUUAGAAACAGAAUGUAGAACUCUAGGUGCUUUAAUUGAGAAUCAAGAUCAAAUAUUAUUAGAGAAUCUUAAUAGCAAAGAGUCUCUGCUGUAAAAACUAAGAGAUCUUUACAAGUACUCUGAGCAUCCAGAAGAUUAAGACUUGGUUAAAAUUCAAAAAUUAAAGAUAAAUAAGGCUCAUUUCGACUUUAAAAUAACUGAAACUCAAGAGAAGAUGCAAACAAACCUCAGAAUCAUCCAAGAAAAAGUCUAAUUAAUAAACUCAAUUUCGAAAUAAAUGAAUAGUCUCACAGAUCUAAAGAAAAUGGAGGUUUUCAAGUUGUCUGAGAGGCAGAUGCAGCUUAACUCUUUUAUGGGUUAAUUGGAGGAAAAAGUUAAACCUUCCAUUGAAAAAUUAAACUAGAAGAUUAAAGAUAUUUCUAUUGUAAUUGAUCAGAAAAGAAUUACCUUAAUAACAUUGUAGUAGUUGAUGAACAAGAAUAACAGCAAGUGUGAUUACUAAUAGAUUUCAUAAGUUAAUGAUGUAAUGAGCCUCGAAACAUAUAAAUAAUUUAUGGAGGAUGAAACCUUAGACCUUUAAAAAGGAUAAUGCGAGACGAAUAUUGAAGACAAGACUCUAACUUUGGAAUGUCUAACAAGUAAAUUCACUUCUAAAAGAGGAUCGUAACCCUACUCUCAUGACCCAGCUAUUUUUAAUGGUGACAAUAAAAAAGAAAACAAUUAAAACCAGAAUGAGUCCUUAGUGAAAAGCAUUAUUAUACCAAAUAAUCCAAAUAUUAUGAGUAAAAUUAUGCCUCUAAUUAAUGGAAUGGAAGUUUAUAAGAAGACAUUUGAUACAAAACUGCUAACUUCAGUAACUUAGUAAUAGAAAUACAAUAUGAUAGCAGAUAAUAAAAGAUUGACACCUGAAUUAAUAGGUUAUUCAAUAAGAAUAAUGAAGAUAUCAAAGUCAAAAAAAGGAAUAGCUUUAGAUUUUAUUAAUCCUUUAGAUGAUCUUAAGAAGGUAGAUUUAUCAAUCAAUUUAAAGAAAUCUAGACUUGUGAUUCCCAAAGAAACACAAGAUGCAGUUAAGUUAUUAAGAAAUGAAAAAGAACCACUCAGAAUAAUACAAGAGUAAUGCUAGAGCGUUUUCGAUUCCACCUCCAUUGAUGGAUUGAAAAGAGAAAAUACAUUCAUAAGAGAUCAGAGGAAUGAUUAUGAGGGUAAAUGCAAAAAGGUAGAUUUCUUCAGCUUUGCAUUUGUCUAUGAUCAUAAGGAGACUGACAUUUGUAUAUCUAAUGCUGGUGGCCAUUACAACUUCAUCUUGAUAAGAGAAGCCUUAGAAGCUUUGUUGAAGAUAAAUGCUAAGGAUGAGCAAAAAAUAAAGCAGUCAUUGAAGUGA